AUUUCACUCUUAUUUUGUGGGCUUUAUGUAGGAAUUUGCGGGCGAUGUUUAACAGUUCACAAACAAUAUCCAAUCCGAAACUACGAUUGUUUAACCUGGAAUUUUAAGGUUCGUUUCGCAUUAUUUUUUAUUUUUUUAUUUUUUUAUAAGUAUAAAAUAUAUAUCUCAUAAUCAAUUAAAAAUUAUUUAAACUUAUUAAAUCAUGAUAACUUUGAAAAUUGACAAUUAAAAAGUAAAAAUACAUUUUUCUUGUUUCUUUUUAAUAUGAUGCCAAGCCCUUAGGUGCUAGAUCCCGGUUAUAGAAUUUUGGAUAUUUCAGACAGAUUUCCGUAAAAGAAAUCAAGUUUUGGGAUUGGACGCAUCUGAAUUUAUGAAUUUAUCCAAAUUUCAACGACCCGACACAAAAGCCCUGUGAUUCGAUCAAAACCCCGAUUAUUCAAUCUGAAAAUCUGGAUAUCAAAAUUAAACAAUCCUAAUGCACGAUUUAAAAAAAAAAAAAACAAGAAUUAUCAUAAAUAUACUAUACUUUUUUUUGGUAGGAAGUAAAAAAAUUAUUAAUAAAUGAUAGUCAACAAAAACUAUACUUAGGGCUUUUUUUUUUUAAUUAAAGGAUACUUAGGGCUUGUUUAGUUCACCUUAUUUUUGUUGAGCUAAGUUAAGUUGAUCUGAUCUGGUAUGUACAAUAAUCUAUAUAUCAAGAGGGGUCUUUUUAUUCUUUUGAAGGGCAACUGGGUCUUGUUAAAUUUGUAACAAUGUGUAUUUUAUUAAUAUGCAAUUUUCAAAAUUUUUUACAUUACAAAAUUUAAAAAUAUUUAGCACAAAUUAAAGUUUGUAUUCAUCUAGGAGUAAACUAACUUACGAAGUAUUAAUUUUAGACUCAACAAUCUUGACAAUCCUAGUUCUAAUUGAAUACUUAUAAUACUUGUACUAAUACUCGUAUUAUUAUGAGACGGAAGGAAUAUUAACUGUACAUGAUAUAUGAACUCUGCCUCACGACCUUUAUUCAAUUAACACCCUUGGAAUUUCUGUUGAUUCAUCCCACCAAAAACAAGGUGGGCAACUCAGCAACUUUCAUUCUCUCUCUUCUCUCUUACCACUUAGCAGCCCUAGAAAUUUUUCUCACUUGUUCAUCACUUUGCGUUUCAAUUUCGAUUAUCUCAAUGUUGAUUCAGUGACCAAUUCAGGUGUUUCCAGAACUCAAUCACUAAUCGAUCAACAAUUGCCAAUUUUCCUGCUUUUUCUUCAAUUUUCUGUAUUUCCAGGUUGAUUGAUCUCGUAGGAGUGUAGUUCUUGGAAGGGGGAAGGAAGUGAGGGAAUAAGAUGGCAACUGGAAAUCCAGGUCGUCCUAAUGUCCCAGGUCCCCCACCUGUUAAUAGUCCAUUUGCAGCAGCUGCUCCCCCCACUACGAGUCCCUUUUUAUCGUCCGGUCCUGUGGCCGGUAGACCAGAUGGCCCUGGUGUUAGACCUCCCCCUCCCUCAGCUCCAUCCAAUGCAGUGCCGUUUGCAUCACCUGGCCCCAUGGCGGGACCUCCAGUCCCUGGAUUCAGGCCUCCACCACCUGUUGGUUUUACUGAUCAAACUAGACCUGCUCCUCCUGGAUCACCACCGUCACAUGCUCCGUCCACAUUAAAUCAACAGCAAUUUUCAGCUCCGCAGUAUCCGGGGCCUCCGACAAAUCCUCCUAUUCGUUCACCUCCUGUUGGACCGCCUAACAUGGCCGCUCCUAUGGUACCUAAUAUGCCUCCACCUAUCCAACGUCCUGGUGUUCCAGCUCCAACUCCACCCCUUACUUUCCGCCCCAAUUCCCAAGCUCGUCCUGUCCAAAUGACACCUCCUCCUCAACCUUAUGCUCAGGCACCUUCUCAGCCCUACGGUCAGGCACCUCCUCAACCCUACGGUCAGGCACCUCCUCAACCCUACGGUCAGGCACCUCCUCAACCCUACGGUCAGGCACCGCCUUCAGCAUCUCCUCCGCAACCUUAUGCUCAGGCUCCACCAUUAUCAUCUCCCGCUCACUUUGCACAGCAGCCUGCCUUUGGCCAGCCUCCCUCACAACCUGGUAUGCCAAUGCAACAACACUUUUCUGCUCCUCCGACAAGUACUAUGCAAGGUUUAGUAGAGGAUUUCAACUCUCUUUCACUGGGCACUGUUCCUGGGUCAAUGGAUCCUGGACUUGAUGUUAAAGCAUUGCCACGGCCACUGGAGGGGGAUGUGGAGCCAACUGUCUACAGUGAGAUGACACUGAAUUGUAGCCCUAAAUACAUGCGCCUUACUACUAGUGCUAUACCAAAUUCUCACUCGCUUGCAUCAAGGUGGCAUUUACCACUUGGAGCUGUUGUAUCUCCACUUGCCGAAGCUUCUGAAGGGGAGGAAGUGCCCAUCUUAAAUUUUGGUUCGGCAGGUAUUAUUCGCUGUAGAAGAUGUCGCACAUAUGUAAAUCCUUAUGUUACAUUCACAGAUGGUGGAAGAAAGUGGCGUUGUAACAUGUGCGCCUUGCUUAAUGAUGUCCCUGGCGAUUAUGUUGCCCCCCUAGAUGCCACUGGCAGAAGAGUUGAUGCAGACCAACGCCCUGAACUUAUCAGAGGCAGUGUUGAAUUUGUUGCACCAACUGAAUACAUGGUGCGAGCACCUAUGCCGCCUCUCUACUUUUUCCUCAUCGAUGUGUCAGUUUCAGCAGUUAGGAGUGGUAUGCUCGAGGUUGUUGCUCAGACUAUUAAGUCUUGUCUGGAUGAACUACCAGGGUCCCCUCGAACACAAAUUGGUUUCAUAACAUUUGAUAGUACCAUACACUUCUACAACAUGAAGUCUACUUUGACACAACCACAAAUGAUGGUAGUCUCAGAUGUGGAUGAUAUAUUUGUCCCUUUACCAGAUGAUCUACUAGUGAACCUUUCUGAAUCAAGAAAUGUUGUGGAAUCGUUCCUAGAUAGCUUACCUUCCAUGUUUCAAGACACUAUGAAUGUAGAAUCUGCUUUUGGUCCAGCUCUUAAAGCUGCAUACAUGGUCAUGAAUCAACUUGGGGGUAAAUUGUUGAUAUUCCAAAAUACACUGCCCUCUAUUGGAGUUGGCCGAUUGAGAUUACGAGGUGAUGACCCUCGGGUAUAUGGAACUGAUAAAGAAGCUUCCUUGAGAGUACCCGAAGAUCCAUUUUAUAAACAAAUGGCGGCUGAUUGUACAAAGUACCAGAUAGGAGUUAAUGUUUAUGCGUUUAGUGACAAGUACACAGAUAUAGCUUCAUUAGGAACACUUUCCAAGUACACUGGCGGUCAAGUGUACUACUAUCCAAAUUUUAAGUCAACUGUGCACGGAGACAAGUUGAGACAUGAAUUGGCUAGAGAUCUCACAAGAGAGACUGCUUGGGAGGCUGUUAUGCGCAUAAGAUGUGGCAAAGGUGUAAAAUUCAAUUCUUAUCAUGGCAACUUCAUGUUGAGGUCCACAGAUUUGAUAGCGCUUCCUGCUGUGGACUGUGAUAAAGCUUUUGCCAUGCAAUUAGGCCUAGAAGAGACAUUACUGACGACUCAGACUGUGUACUUCCAAGUUGCAUUGUUAUAUACUGCAUCAUGUGGAGAAAGACGCAUUAGAGUACACACAGCUGCUGCACCAGUGGUUGCUGAUCUGGGAGAGAUGUAUCGAAGAGCUGAUACUGGUGCUAUUGUUUCAGUGCUUGGACGGUUAGCAAUUGAGAAAACAUUAUCCAGUAAGCUGGAAGAUGCACGAUCUUAUGUACAAAUGAAGAUUGUAAAGUCUCUCAAAGAAUAUCGCAAUCUGUAUGCAGUACAGCAUCGGCUGGCUGGAAGGAUGAUCUAUCCAGAAUCAUUGAAGUAUUUGGCUUUGUAUGGUUUAGCUCUUUGUAAGUCAAUGCCUCUUCGUGGAGGGCAUGCAGAUGCGCAACUAGAUGAGCGCUGUGCAGUUGGUUCAAUAAUGAUGACUUUGCCUGUUAAAAGUCUGUUAAAAUUUUUGUAUCCUAGCUUGAUUCGCGUGGACGAGUUUCUAUUAAAGGCACCUUCUCCAGCCGCAGACCUCAAGGAUGUUGAAAAACGCGUACCUCUGACAGCAGAAAGCUUGGAUCCUCGAGGACUUUAUAUCUUUGAUGAUGGUUUACGCCUUGUUAUUUGGAUUGGUAGAAUGUUUCCUCCAGAUUUGGCUGCAAGUUUAAAUAUAGAUUUUGCUUCCGAUCUUUCACAGAUGAUUCUGACUGAGGUUUGCAAAGCCGCUAUAGAGAAAUCCUUGGGAAUUUGUGUUAACCUUAAUGAGAGUGACAAUGCAAUGUCAAAGAGGCUAAUGGGGCUACUUAAGAAGCUGAGAGAGAAUGAUCCUGCUUACUAUCAGCUUUGUCAUCUUGUAAGGCAAGGUGAACAGCCCAAAGAAGGGUUUUACCUUCUGUCAAAUCUUAUUGAGGAUCAGACGGCUGGGACAAGUGGCUAUGUAGACUGGAUUGCACAAAUCCACCGGCAGGUCCAACAAAAUUAACAAGCAGAUAUAUAAGGAUGUAUCAUAUGACAAGAAGAUAGCUUCAACCCUCAAGAGAUCAAUUUUGACUGUAGCAAGCUGCACAUCAUGGUUAAUAUGUGGGCUCUACGACAUGGUCUUGUCUACUUCUCAAGGGCGCGCUGCUACAUGCUCCUCUCAAAAAAGUUGCUAUUGAAAGAGAUGUUAUGUUGAAGGUACAAGUGACAGCUGAGAUUUUGUGAACAAAUUCUUUUUUGAUUUUUUUUCCUUGUUAAUUUAUUAGGAAAGGUAAACGUUAGUGAGAUUAUAAGUUUCUUUUUUUUGCAGAUUUUAGCAAAUUUUUCUUUAAUAUUUUUUUAGGAAGCAUAUAUAAUCCCUAUUUUGUGUGAUCAUAUCUUAUUACCUUGUUAGCUUCCUCAACAUUUGCCUCUUGUUUUAGAGGGUGUUGUGAGUUGUGACAUACCAUAAAUGUACAACACUUUUCUCCUUUCUUCAAGGCUUUUAACUGGAAUUCUUUCGUUAUAAUAUAAAUCUCGUUUAGUACAA